AUGUCGGUUUCGUUUUUAACCAACCCGUUCGACGAACCCAGAGAUCCUAAAAAGCUGCCUGCUUAUGGAAGUCCCUCGGCUGCCAUUGGCUCUGUGUUGUAUAACAAUGUGAAAACAAUCUUCAGUUAUAAGACGUUUUCAGAUCCCGACCUACUGGACAAUUGUUUGAAAAAAUGGGCUACGAAGGAUGACAGUGACGUGUUUUACCAAGAGCUAGAUAUCAGGGCAGGUGCAGGACUUGCUCCUUUGGGAUAUGCCCGUAGCUUGCCACAGCUGAACGGCGCCGCUCAGGUGGUGGGUAUUGUUGCCCCGGGCUACGCUUUGCCGUAUUUUGUCAAUACUUUUCAGAAAUCUGAGAGAGCAGACGUUUCGUUUUUCUUUAGUGUAGGUGCCCUAAACUAUGAUGAGAAAUCCAGCUCCAUCGGAAGUGAUUACGUUACAGCUUUGGAUGCAGCAGCCAAGCUAGGAUUCCCGGUUGUAACGCCAGUUUCGUCGCAUGAAGUGCAAGCCGUGUCGCUAUUGGCUCUGGCUUUGGCUAAAUUUGGUAACAAUGGAGGAGCCUUGAACUUAUUUGACGGUCCUCACUAUGCCAAGUCGAUCUCUGAAUUCAGGGAGAAGGCUAUUGAGGGUGAGUUGUUGAAUAAGCUGGAGAAGUUGUUACCUCGGGAAUCCAGCUUUGAAAGUGUCUUGCAGAGCUUCAACGAGGUAACGGGACUACGUCUCCAUAAUUUCGAGUAUGACGGUAGUUCGAAGGCGGAAACUAUUUUCGUCACAUACGGUUCCGUUGAGAGCGAAGUUUUCAGGAAUGCAAUCAAGUACCAUGGUGAUGAAGCUAAUGUAGCGGUGAUUUCAGUCCGUGUGCCCCUCCCAUUCGAUCUAGAAAAGUUUGUUACUCGAAUUCCGCAAACUGCUAAGAAGAUUGUCGUCGUUGGUCAAUCAUUGGACUGCACUUCGUCAACUCUUUUGAGAAGGCAGGUGAGUGCUGCCCUAUUCUACCAUGGCAACAGGUCAGUUAGUGUAUCGGAGUAUAUUUAUGAGCCAUCUUUCGUUUGGUCACCAUCUGCUGUCGAACAGAUUGUGGAAACAUUUGUGCCAGGGUUCAAAUCCUCGCUUACCGACCUAUCUACAAAAAGCUUCAUUUUCUGGGCUUCUGACAAAAGUCCCAUCAUUGAUUUAUCUUCGAGAUUGGUUCAUGCUUUGUCGUUGGUUGAUGGCCAGACUGUCACCCUAAGAACGAAGUAUGACAAUAUUGUCAAUGCCGGUGCCUUCCAGGCUCAGUUUACUACUUCCCCCUCAACAGAAGGAGCAUUUGUAUCUAAUAUUGAGCAAGCGGAUGUUGCCAUAGUGGAGAAUAUUGCUCUUUUGGACUCCUUGCAAGUGGCAGCAACUGUCAAAAAAAAUGGUACAAUUCUGUUAGUUGGCCAGAAAUCUUUGAAAGGCCAGGAUGCAAGGCAACUAGAGAGUUAUGUCAAAACUUUGGGAAUCAGCGAAUCUUUUUUCAAAACAGCGCACGAUAAGCAGAUCAAGGUCGUUGUUAUAGACGCUGAGGCCAUCGGCGAUAGAGAUGAGACCAAAGGCCGUACCCUUUCCUUUGUUAUUCAGGCGGCAUUCUGGAAAUAUGCUUAUGGCUAUGAUGUUGCCGAGAGUGUCCGUCGCAUCUGGAAUUCGGCAGGCACUGAUUUGGAAUUGUUAGCCGCUGUUUUAUCCGAUAUAAUAUCCAGUGCACUGGAGGAAGGUGUAGCCGUGAUUCCUCACGAAGCCUACAGCGCUGUAGAAGAUGUCUCCAAAGAGGAAGAGGAUUCUAAAUCAGCAUCUGAUCUACCGAUAUUUUUGACCGAGACUUCUUUCAGGCCUAACAAUACUUCAAUUUCUGAGCUGUCAGGAGCUCAAUCAGCCUCAGAUACGGAUAUUUCCAAAAGGUUGGUUUUCAGUGAAGCCUAUGGAGUUGAGAAGAGGCUAAGACCAGAUUUACCAGUGAAGAAUUACGUCGUCCGAGUGAAGGAAAAUAAACGAGUUACUCCCUCAGACUAUGACAGAAAUAUCUUUCAGAUCGAGUUUGACAUUGAAGGCUCUGGGAUGAAGUAUGAGAUCGGUGAAGCCCUCGGAGUGCAUGCGAGAAAUAAUGAGGCGCAGGUUAAAGAGUUUUUGGCGUCCUACGGAUUGAAAGAGAAUGAUGUUAUACAAGUGGCCAACAAGGACCAGCCAGAGAUCUUGGAAUCAAGAACUGUUUUGCAAGCUUUCAUUGAGAAUCUAGACAUCUUUGGUAAGCCACCUAAGAAAUUCUACGAGUCUUUGAUUGACUUCGCCACUGACGAAGACGAGAAGAAAGAGCUUCAAGAGAUAGUUUCGGAGCCCGGUUCAGUACGUUUGAAAAGAUAUCAGGAUGUUGAAUUCUACACGUAUGCUGACAUUUUCGACCUUUUCCCUUCUGUUAGACCGUGCCUCGAGGAUUUGGUAACCAUUAUUGCUCCUCUAAAGAGAAGGGAAUACUCUAUUGCUUCAUCGCAAAAGAUUCACAAGAAUGAGGUUCAUUUGUUAAUUGUCGUUGUGGAAUGGCUUGACAACAAGGGAAGGAAGAGAUUCGGCCAAGCUUCGAAGUAUCUUUCCGACUUGCGUGUUGGCUCUGAAUUGGUUGUGAGCGUCAAACCAUCUGUGAUGAAACUGCCACCAAAUCCCGAACAGCCAGUUAUCAUGAGUGGACUGGGCACUGGGUUGGCACCUUUCAAGGCGAUCGUAGAGGAGAAGCUAUGGCAGAGGCAACAGGGUUAUGACAUCGGUGAUGUCUAUCUGUAUCUUGGUUCCAGACAUAAGCGUGAAGAGUAUCUGUACGGAGAGCUGUGGGAAGCGUACAAGGACGCAGGCAUUAUAACUCACAUCGGAGCUGCUUUUUCCAGAGAUCAGCCUCAGAAGAUUUACAUUCAAGAUAGAAUCAAGGAAAAUUUGAAGGAGCUAAAGGUGGCAAUGAUUGAUCAAGUGGGUUCAUUCUACCUGUGUGGUCCAACAUGGCCUGUCCCUGAUAUUACUCAAGCACUGAAAGACAUUCUUGCCGCAGAUGCGGAGGAGAGAGAUGUAAAGAUUGAUCUGAACGCUGAAAUUGAGGAGUUGAAAGAGUCAUCCAGGUACAUCUUAGAAGUCUACUGA